CCACUCUUUUUUCCUCUCUUUUCCCCUCAAAAUACCUAUAAAGAAAACAAAACCAAAAGGGGAAAUUCUUGCCUUAAAAAAAAAGAAAAACUUUUUUUGUGUUUUAUUUUUUGCAAUGGACAUAGAGUUAGCAAAGUGUGAAUGUUGUGGACUAAAAGAAGAUUGUACACAAGACUACAUUAGUCAAGUUAAAGAAAAUUUUGAUGGAAAAUGGCUAUGUGGACUUUGUUCAGAAGCAGUUAGAGAUGAAGUUAAUAGAGGAAAAAAACAAUUUCUUUGUAUGGAAGAUGCUCUUAAAGCACAUAUGUCAUUUUGUAGAAAAUAUAAAUCAAAUCCAGCAAUUAAAGUAGCUGAUGGAAUGAGACAAAUGUUAAGAAGAAGGUCUGAUUUAACUUCAUCAUCAUCUUCAAAUUCAUCUAAUUCCAAGAAGUAUUCAAGAUCAACAAGUUCUAUCUCCUAUUAUUAGUUAUGUCUGUGUCUCAGUCUCAGACAAGUUGAAAUCGAUUAUAUGAAUCACCGGAAAAAAAAAAGGGUUGGUGGAAAAUAAAAAGGUCUAACAACAAGAAGUUUUUUUUUUUUUUUCUCAUGGAGAAAUCUUUUCUUGAUUUCCAAUUUUUCAUCUUGUCUUGUAUAGAGGAUGUUUUUUUUAUUUUUUUUCAAUCUACUAGUGAAGAUAAUUUUUUUGUUAUGUUAUAUGGUUGUGUUCUACUUAUUACUUUUCCUCAA